AUGUCUACCCUUCUUCAGCAGGUCUACCGCCUUGCCGUGCCCAUCUCGGCCGGAGUCUACCUCUUCAACUCCUCCAUUUACGAUGUUCGCGGUGGUACCCGCGCUGUCAUCUUCGACCGAUUGUCCGGAGUGCAGGAGAAGGUCAUGAACGAGGGUACACACUUCCUCAUCCCUUGGUUGCAGCGAGCCAUUAUCUAUGAUGUUCGCACCAAGCCCCGCAACAUCUCUACCACCACGGGUAGUAAGGACUUGCAGAUGGUCAGCUUGACUCUGCGUGUGCUGCACCGUCCUGAGGUCCCGAAGCUGCCGGCCAUCUACCAGUCCUACGGUAUCGACUAUGAUGAACGUGUGCUGCCAUCCAUCGGAAACGAAGUCCUCAAAGCCAUUGUCGCCCAGUUCGAUGCCGCCGAGCUGAUCACCCAGCGUGAAGCUGUCUCCAACCGCAUCCGCACAGACCUCAUGAAGAGAGCCUCUCAGUUCAACAUCGCCCUCGAGGACGUCUCCAUCACCCACAUGACCUUCGGAAAGGAAUUCACACGCGCCGUCGAGCAGAAGCAGAUCGCCCAGCAGGACGCCGAGCGGGCCCGUUUCAUCGUCGAGAGAGCCGAGCAGGAACGUCAGGCCAAUGUCAUCCGCGCCGAGGGUGAAGCCGAGAGUGCUGAUAUCAUCAGCAAGGCCGUUGCCAAGGCCGGCAGUGGCCUGAUUGAGAUCCGUCGUAUCGACGCCAGCAAGGAGAUCGCGACGACGCUCGCCAACAACCCCAACGUCACGUAUCUGCCCGGUAACGAUGGCAAGGAAGGCGGAAAGAGCACUAGCCUCUUGCUGGGCUUGAGAAACUAG